AUAAAUUGUCCCUGGCUGUGUACCUGCAUGUGAAACCACUUAUCAUCCAUGCUUUUCACCUCGAGAUUGCGGUAAACCUGCACUCUCCUCCAACCGUCAACAAUGUCAUGAAAUUUCCACCAUGGUGCAGACGCGACAGUACGCUCAAAAAGCCGUCAAUGGCGCUGCCAACGGCCAUGCCAACGGGAGUGCUUCAGCCGUAGAAUCCAGUAACAACAAGACCGAUCGUUCUAGAUGGAGGCUCCUGGACGAAUCAGGUCGACAUACCUGGCACUACUUGAAGACGGAUAAAGAAAUCGAAGACUGGCCACAGACGACGGCGGACAAAUACAAUCUGGGGUUGCCCACAGAUCUCCCUGACCUACCACCCGCCUCAACACCCUCCGACGCUAUAGACAAUUGCAUGACAUUCUACUCAAAACUGCAACUUCCUCCCGGAGACUGGGCCUGUGAAUAUGGCGGACCUCUCUUCCUCCUCCCUGGAAUCGUCAUCUGCUGGUAUGCGACAGGAACGUCAAUCCCACCUGAAUGUCAAAUCGAAAUCACGAACUACUUGUUUGCGAGGCAGAACAAAGAUGGUGGUUGGGGUCUACAUGUCGAGGGACACAGCUCAGUCUUUGGCACUGCCAUGAACUACGCCAUCCUGAGAAUCCUUGGAGGCAGCGAGGAAGAACCGCGUAUGAUCAAAGCAAGAGGCAAACUACACGCAAUGGGAGGUGCUGUCAAUGGUCCCCACUGGGCAAAAUUCUGGCUGAGUGUACUGGGUGUCAUGCAAUGGGAUAUUGUCAACCCAGUCCCCCCGGAGUUAUGGCUACUCCCGGACUGGGUCCCAAUCGCUCCCUGGAGAUGGUGGAUUCAUAUGCGACAAGUCUUUCUACCGAUGAGCUACAUCUGGUCGAAGAAAUUUGUCAUGCCAGAGACCGACCUUGUCCGACAACUGCGUCAAGAAAUGUUUGUCCAGCCUUAUGAAACGAUCGACUUCGGCUCUCACCGCAAUUCAAUUGCUCCAGAAGACAACUAUCACCCUAAAACCUGGCUGCUCCACCUAAUCAACUUCAUCCUCGUCUGGGUCUGGAUACCGCUGUUGAGGUCAAAUUCUAUCGUCGAGCGAGCAGAAGCAUGGGUCUGGCGACUGGUUCAGUACGAAGACGUGAACACGGACUACUCUGAUCUGGCACCAGUCAAUGCUCCCAUGAAUACACUAGUCUGCUUCAUCAAGGAAGGCCCCGACAGCUACUCCUUCCGCCGCCAUCUGUAUCGUCUAAACGACUACCUGUGGGUCAAUAAGGAGGGAAUGCUCGCAAACGGCACCAAUGGGGUACAAGUAUGGGAUACAGCAUUCACCAUCCAAGCAUGCGUGGAAGCCGGCCUGGCUGAAUCACCCAAAUGGAAACCCACUCUCACCAAAGCACUCGAAUAUCUCGAGUCCGAACAGAUUCGCGACGAAGUCGCAGAUCGUGAGAUCUGCUAUCGGCAAUCCCGCAAAGGCGCGUGGCCAUUCAGCACCAAAGUGCAAGGUUACACCGUAUCAGACUGUACGAGUGAAGCGCUGCGUGUCAUCCUGCUUCUACAGCGCGCACACGGCUACAAACCUGUCCUCGAUGAAAGUCGUCUCCGCGACGCUGUCGACGUGCUUUUGACCAUGCAGAACAAACACACAGGCGGCUUCGCCAGCUACGAACCGCAACGAGGCUCCGAGUACCUGGAGAUGCUCAAUGCGGCAGAAGUAUUUGGACGCAUCAUGGUAGAAUACGAUUAUCCAGAGUGCACGACGGCCGUGGUGACGGUUCUUUCUCUGUUCCAGAAAUACUACCCUGACUAUCGCACCGACGAAAUCAAGAGAAUCAAGGAGACUGCACUCCAGUAUAUACGCAAGGCCCAGAGCGAGGAUGGGUCCUGGUACGGAAGUUGGGGCAUUUGCUUCACGUACGCCGCCAUGUUUGCCUUGGAAUCCUUGGCCUCGGUCGGUGAGACAUACGCCAACAGCCCUCGGGUGAAGAGAGCAUGCGACUUUUUGAUGUCGCACCAGAUGUCCGACGGCGGAUGGGGCGAGAGUUACCGCUCAUCCGAGCUGAAGGUGUGGGUUGACCACGAAAAGUCCCAGGUUGUGCAGACUUGCUGGGCUGUCAUCGCCUUGAUGUACGCGGCAUACCCUGACAAGGAGCCCAUUCGAAAGGCAUUGACCAUGGUCAUGGGCCGCCAGCAACGGAACGGCGAGUGGCUGCAAGAGGCCAUUGAGGGAGUGUUCAAUUGCUCGUGCAUGAUCACCUAUCCUAAUUACAAGUUCUACUUCCCCAUCAAGGCGCUGGGCAUGUACAAAGCUAGAUGGGGGGACGAGAAGUUGUUAUGAGUUACGAAGAAGAAUAUGAGCAUCUAGGCGAUGGGCACACCAGCCACUAGAUCAAUUACCUUCCCCAUUAUAAUCCUAUCGAAAAAGGCCAUGUCCAUGAUCUGUGAUAUAAUCACCAUGAUCCCUCCUCCUUCUCCUUCAGUGCCCAGUCGAACUACCAGCUUUAGCUAGCACGAUUGUCCGUGCUAGUGUGCAGCAGUCCACAGUCACACACUUCUAUACUUGCAAGGUUCUCUUUGUGCCCCACCACGGUGUGCACGCCCCGUACCAAGCAUGGUACUCAGACCUCCCGUCUUGUUGGAAGGUGGCCCUAGCCGCGUCAUGUAGCGCCUUCUUUUGCAGUUGGCCUUUUCGCGCAACAGGUUGUGGCAAGCAACAGUCAACGUGACCUUGUGCAGACCCGCCGGCCACUGUUUGCGACAAUGACUCAAGUCGUUGCCUGAAAAAUCGCGCCUCGAAACCUCGAUCGGCUGUCGAAGGAGAAUCCUCC